CAAAAUAAUGUGGAAUUAUAUUGGAAUAAGAAUGUACACUGUAUACGCUCAUUGUAACCAAAACAAUAUCAAACACUUAAUAUUUCCUAUGACCAAGUGUACUGAGGAUUUAAAAGGAAAGUGAAACCAAAUCUCAAAUAAAGAAACAAAAUGGCUGCUAUACAAUUUUAAAAUCACGUCUAUCAAACUGUAAAGCUAUGAAGCUAUACACAACAUGGAAUUAACAGGACCAUUCCCUAAGCCUAAGGACUAUGACACUUUAAAAGACUACAAAAUACCAACUUCAACCACCAAUGGAAUAGAACGUUUAACAGAAUUUGUGAAAUAUAUUGCAUCUAAAAUUAAUGUCAAGAACAGAUACACAACAGAGCAGCUCAAAGAACACACUGAAUAUGUUGAGAAGUUUGUGAAAGAUUUCUGUAUAGAUUUUGCAAGGCACACUCCUAAAGGUGACUUGUCCAACGAAGGAAAACCUAAUCCAAUUCUUGAAUCUAACAGUAUCAUAAGAAGAGGCAGCUCAUAUGAAGGGACUAAGAUUUUAUCACCAAGUGAAUAUGAUUUCAUUCCAAUCUUUGCGUGGUCAUUUGAUGCAGCAAUCAGCGUGGAGAAGGUGGGGAAAAGGUGUAAGUUGGCAGGCAAAGGAUAUGGUUUCAUCAAUAUAAAACAUGGAGACCUACACCAGAUGUUACCUCCAGCUACCCUAACAAAGAAUCAAACUGAUAAUAGAAGUAUAUCUCAGAGUCAGAUUAUUUCAAGUGCAUUACAGCAUUUACCACUGACUGGACUGAAUCAGUUGUUAGUCCCUACUGGCAAGAUUGUAGAAGAUCAACCUGGUAUGAGUGGAUCAAACAGAUCAUCUCAGAUAUCAUCAUCUUCUGAGACUUUUCCUCAGAGUCAACCUUGUUCAAGUAGUCUGAAUACAUGGGUUCUCAUAGCAUUGAAUAAAGCCAUUGAUUCUUUCCUGAGUGACAGUGAUAGGUAUGAUUACAUUGGUCAGAAAAGUCAUGAUGAAGAUCCCGAGUCCCCAUACCCACAAGGUACCAUCAGUUUACAUGAGAUUACACAUGGUACCUGUGUAUGGUUACGGAUUGGUGCCCCCAUAUGUACAACAGACAUAGAUCUCGCUUAUGCAGUAGAGAAUAUGAGCGAGACCCAGAAAAGGUGUGUUAUGGUGGGUGAGUGGCAUGUGGACUGUUCCAAUUUCACGUGUAAACAUAAAACUCACUGGACUGAGUCACUUAUACAUCCAGGACUCCAUGGCGAUACAAUAGUACACACUUUAUCAACAAAUCACCAUCAUUUAUUCUUGGUGUUAAAAUAUAUCAAUCAUCUGAUUCAAACAAAUCUCAAAACAAAAACAUAUUCGUCUUCAUACUCAUACAAAAUGCUACUUCACCAACAUCAAAGGGGUUGUCAGAAUGAGAAUGUUGGACAAUGCCUUGAGGAUAUAGUGAACCAAUUCUACACAUAUGAAAAACAAUGUAUCGAUACGAUUGAAACAAAUACAUACAAUUAUAAUCACCUGAAGGAAGUACCAGACAUAAAUUAUCCCAAGAGGAUGAUAAAACUUCAUAACUUUGUCGAAUGUGCUGCCCUACUCUGGAUCAUGCAGCAUGUGAAGCACACCACUGACACAUCCUGGUGGGACAUGUUGCUGCAUGAAGACUUCAAACCAAAAGAUUUCAAAGAGGGUCAUAUGCUUUAUUCCCUACUGGACAUAGUGCAACAGGUAGAUAGAUUCAAGUGGAAUAAUAAUCUCAAGAAAGGUUCAGUGAUCGAUGUAGAGUUCCUUCAUGAGGAUAACACUAAGACAGUAUACAGAUGGAUCAAUUAAUGGCUGGGGCCGAGAGUAAGAUUCAGACUUCAUUCCUUGCUGGACAGACAUAGUAGAACAGGUAGAUACAUUCAGGUGGAAUGAAAAUCUCAAGAAUGGCUUAGUGCUUGAUAUAAACUGGCUUCAUGAGGAUAACACUAAGACAGUUUUCAGAUGGAUCAAUGACUGGGGUCCACCAAGUAUCAAUAUUGACAUUGAUUUCUGCUGCUUUCUAUUCUGUUGCUGCUCUCAUUUCUGCUGCUCUCAAAUAAAAGACUAGAUUCUGAUUCUGAGUAGACUCUUUACAUUUGAAAACAUAUCCAGAGAGUUUAUAUGAGAAAUAAUUUUGGAUGUUUUCAUAAGAGUUUCUGGAAACAUGUGAUAAAAGUAAAGAAAG